GUGCUCUUUAGUCACAGAGUGGACUGAUUCCAUGUGUUCUUCUAUUUCCUCUCUCUCUCGCUCUCUCUCUCUCUCUCGCUCUCUCUCUCUCUCUCUCGCACUCAUUCCCCUGCAUUUUAUUUGCAUGCUGUUGCUUCCUCGGCUGCAGUGAAGGUAGGAGGAGCUCGGAACACUGUGGAGUGCUCCCUGUCACAGAAUCUUUGCUUAGCCAUUACCUGCUUACUUCCAAGCAAGGCUGGCAAACUUUUUUAGUUUUUAAAUAUUUAUAUUACAAAGACACCCAGGGGAAAAGGAGAGAGAAAAGCAAACAGGAGGAGGAUUCUUGAACAGAAAGGACCUAGCAGUAAACACUUCCACUGAAGUUUUUUGAUAAGAAGUUAGUUUUUCUUACAUUUUUACUUUGAAAAGCAGAUUUUUUUAAAAUUGUAUUUAUAUUACAUUUUUCUUUGUACAUUUUUGGACACACAUUAAAAGAAGAUGGUGGCUGGAAUGUUAAUGCCUUUGGAGAAGUUGCGGGCCAUUUACGAGCUUUUGUUUCGGGAUGGGGUUCUGGUGGCCAAGAAGGACAAGCGCCCACAGAGCCUGCACCCAGAGGUCCCAGAGGUCACCAAUCUGCAGGUGAUCAGAGCGAUGGGCUCCCUGAAAUCCAGAGGCUACGUGCGUGAGACCUUUGCCUGGAGGCACUUCUACUGGUACCUCACCAACGAGGGCAUCGUCUACCUACGGGAUUACCUGCGUCUGCCUCCUGAGAUCGUCCCAUCGUCUCUGCAGAGGGUGCGCAGGCCAGCCUCCACCCUGGACGUGGCCCGAAAGACAGCGGGGGUCCAGGUUGUGGAAGGCCCCACUUCUUAUGCUCCAAAAUCAUCAUCCAGAGCCGGAGCGGAGGGUCUGGAUUCACUUAUGGAUCGACAGGGGUACCGGCGGAAGAAGGUGGCUAUGGAGGAAGAGGAGAGUAAGACCCAGGUGUCUACAGUGAGAGCUUCUCAGCCACCCCGCGAGCUCUACACAUCUAAACCAGCAUCUGCUGCUGAAGGAUCAUCCUCUUUCAUGGGUCGACAGAGUAACCACAGGGAGAAGACAGUGGUGGUACAGGAAAUGCUUCAAACCAAGAAGGUUUCUGCAGGGAGAGGAUCACACAUGGCCCCCGAGACCCCCACCCCUAAACCAGCAGGACCCGGAACACAGGACCGGGCCCCCCUCGUGGAUCGUCAGGGAGGCCGUAAGGAGGUGACAGCGACACACGAAAAGAUUACAGUUCAUAAUUCUUCAGGAGCAGUAACCAAGAAGGCCUCUUCAGUAAGUGUGUCCCAGGAGGCCCCCAAGCUGCAUGCCAAUAAACAAUCUUCAAGAGCCAGCGCUGAGAUCCCAGCCCCUAACUUGGAUCGCCAGGAGACACUCAAGAAAGAGGCUAAAGGGGUGGAAGAAGAGAUUAAGGUUCAGAAGAGCUCAGUGAAAUAUUCACACUCAUCCCUCGAGCUGGACACUACUAAACCAUCCUUGGAAGCCAGUGUUGAGGCCCCGGCCCCUGUCUUGGAUAGUCAGGAACCUCUUAAGAAGGAGGCAAACGUAGCUGAGAAAAAUAUUAAAGCCCAGAAGGGUUCAUUAAAAAAAUCUCAGUCACCUCCAGAGCCAGUCACUCCAAAAUUAUCUUCUGGAGCAGGAGCUGAGAGCCUAGCCUCUAUAUUGGAAGGCCAUGAGCCACCUAAAAAGGAUGUGAAGGUUGAGGAGGAAAAUAUUAAAAUACAGAAGAGCUCAUUGAAAGCUUCUCAGCCACCCCCCAAGCUGGACUCCUCUAAAUCAGUAAGCACUGAAACCCCAGUCCCUGCCUUGGACCAGGAGCCACUGGAGAAGGAGGUGAAGAUAGCAGUGGAAAAGAUUAAAACACAAAAGAGCUCAGUGAAAGGUUCCCAGCCCAAGCCAGUCACCCCAAUGCCAUCUUCGGGAGUUGAGGUCCUGGACUCCAUCUUGGUUCAGAAUGACAUGAUGGUGGUGGAAGAGAACAUUCUGAUUCAGAAUGUUACAAUAGUGAAAAACAAAGAGGUCUUUGCAAAGACUGAAUCCCAAGAGACCACCGAGCUGUACACUGCUAAACCCAAAUCAGGUUGUGGGGCAGAGCCUCUGUCUGCUAUUACAGAGGAGAAAAAGAUAGUGGUGGAGGAAAAGAUUCAGGUCUCAGCAGUGACUGAAGCCCAACAGGCUCCUGAACAGUGUGCCUCUAAACCAUCACUGGGAGCUGGUACUGAGGUCCCAGGCUCCAGCUCGCAUCACCAGGAACAGGAAGUGACGGUGAUGGAGGAUGCUCAGAAGAUCACUGCAUUAGAAGGAUCGGAAAAUAACCUAGAUCCUGUGGAAGGUUUGUAAAACUAAAGCAUUUCUGUUUUUCUCCAUGCUGAUUGUGAUAUCCUUGACAUUGCUAGGUGUGUGUGUGUGUGUGUGUGUGUGUGUGUGUGUUACGUCCUGGCCAUACAGCAUGCCUAAAAAAAGGGCUUAUUUAACAGAUGUCUCUAAAUGUUUAGUUAAGUUUCUGGGUUGUUUUAUUUGUGCAAUUUAAGACUACACAGACAGCAUGUCCAUUUCAUUUUACAUACAGUAAUACAGAUUUACACUCAGUGCAUCAUCCCAGAGAAUACUUAUCAAGUCUCGGCUCCCAGAAGCAACAACUCGCUGCUGCUUUUCUGUCUGAGCUGGCAAAUUAACAGUUAGUGGAAUCAAGGAUCCUUCAACCAGCAAAUUCAUUUAUUGCCAACUAUCUACUGGGUCUUAGAGCCAGAAUAUUAAAAACGGGGAUGUCUGUACCCUGAGCUUAGAGACAAUGCAUUGCAUUACCGGUAAAUCAGUACUGAAUCCCAUUCUGAAGAAAAUACAGAAAUGGCCAAAAGUUUUGCAUUACCCUAUAGAAUUAGCACAUUUUGAGUUGAACAAAGUUGUAUGAAACCUGCUGAAUGAUGUUACAUUAACAUGUUGAAUUACACAUUCCGCUUUGUAGUUUUCCAAAAAUU